CUCCGGAACAAAGGGUGGCGCUGUUACGGCAAACUGGCUGUGAGCCGCCGUCAAACAAGACAUACACUUUAGCGGUGAGAGGCGCUAGUGUUUACCUGCUAGCUGUGCUGCAAUGGUGUGAACGACCUCCAGGAGUUUCUUAGCCCUUCUCGAGCAGUGAAAGAGCAAAGACAGAGCAGCCAGCCAGCGGCUAACAGCCAUGUCCAACCGCCUGGCCUUCCAGACUCAGCUGGCCUCCAUCAUGGAGGUCCUAGCAAACGCAGCGGUGGCGGAAAUCUGUAAGCUAGUGGACGACGACUACGCGGUGGUGAGGUUGCAGAUGUCUCAGUGCCAGAGAGAGAACAAGGCACUGAAGAGGAAACUACACCUGCUGGAGCUGAAGAUGGCCCGGGGAAAUGCCGAGAGGAGGCUCCGGGAGAGUGCCCUGAACAGCAGCCGGUCGAGGGUGCAGAUAAACGGCAGCGACAGGCUCCGAGAGCCCUCCACCCCCACCGGUGACGUGUUUGACCAGCAGAGGGAGGUGCUUCUGUGGUCCAGCAGAGCUGCAGGUGGAGAUGCAACCAGUGAACUGAUCCUGUCUGAAAGCAUGCAGAGUAAGUCUCCAGAUGUGGAGUUGGUGGAGCCGGAGGCAGUGCUGGUGAAGGAGGAGAAGGUGCAGGUAGCCACGUCUCGAGAUGAAGAAGCGGAGCAAAGUACAUCGCUUAUAGGAGAUGAUGGGCUGAUGGAGUGUGUCCCUCAUGGAGCUGAAGGUCGGAUGCCUGGCCCCGAGGACCAGGACGCCCAGUCCAUGUCUACUCGGUGCCAGUCGCAGAGCCAGGCAUGCAGGACGAAGCUUACCGGCAGCAGAGGAGUGGAGAAGGAUGAGGAGCCAGAUGUGGUGCUGGUGAAGGUAGAGGAGGUGGAGCCGAUGACAAGACCUCAGAACAGGCCGUGCCUCAGCAUACAGGAAGGGUUGGUGGAGUCCAGCACAGACGACUACAGAGGAGUGCUGCCCUUUGAUGAAACCACACAGAUGUCCACCAAUCAGCCAUCCGACCUGCAGGACUCUGGGCGGGGCUUCUCAGAGGUCAGCUGUGGCCAUUCUUCGCUGUGGACUAAUAGAGGGGGCGGUUACGUUAUCCUUCUGACACUCUUCUCCACCCACUCCACCCUGCCUGCACCUCUCUCUGGAUGGUCCCAGGUUGCAGCACCUCAAAUGACCCCUGCAGAAUCAGAAGAUAGCAGCAUUGUGGCGGUCCAGCUGAGGGAACCAGACACCAACAUGCCAGCCAACCCAACCGAGCAGCAGCAGCGAUGCAGCAACAACCCCACGAGCUCUGACUACUCUCUCUUUGAACUGGAAACCUUCUUCACCCGCUGGGCCCCUGAUAGUGACCCUGUGUCAGCUCCUGGUGGCCCUUCAUGUGCAUUCAUUCCUAACAAGUCAACCGAACAUGACCAGGAUAGAGUCGUUAUCAUAGACACUCGUCGACAGCCUUGGCAAGUGCUCGAACCACCACAGACCUCGAUGUCCUCGGCGUUGAAGCCGAGCGGAAGGCAGAGUUUCUCCUCUGCAGGCCGUCCGUCUGCAUCACAGGGGAGUUCUGUGCCCACGUCUUUGAGAAUGCAGGAUCCAGGAUCUUCCCAGCCUUCCUGGAGGAGAACAUCAGCACAGGCUCAAAUGCUGCAGCAGCAGCUUCAAAAUGGCAACACUUACUCUCAACAGGAAAGCACCAUUCCUCCCUCACAAAUCACACCGUCCUCCAGCACAGGUGCUGUCAGUAAAACAGGUGGAGUUACAAGUAAAACCAAGGCUGCUGGGGCUCCACAGUCCUCUCUAUCAGUCCGGGGAGCCAUAGCACCGCUGGCCAGCACUGAGGUGGCCAUCGCCCCACAGCAUCGGACAACUCUCCUCACUAACCUUAAUAAAAAUCGUGCCGUAUGCACUUUGCCCACAGAGCGCCGCAGGAAGAGUUACGUAUGUGGAGCCUGCGGAAAAGCUUUCUCUGGCCUGUCCAAUCUAGAGGUCCACAAGAGAGUGCACACAGGCGAGAAGCCUUUCCGCUGUGACACUUGUGGGAAGCACUUCUCUGAGGCUGGAAACCUGAAAAAACACCAAAGGGUUCACACGGGGGAGAAACCCUUCAGCUGCAACCAGUGUGGGAAGAGGUUUGCUUGGAUCUGCAACUUGAGGACACACCAGCAGUCUGCCACAGGCUGCGGAGCACAAGCCAGGGGAGGGCUGUAACUGCUGAUGCUGUUAUUAUUUGCUUGAGUCAAAGUGUAGUAUAACUCUGCCCAGUGACAGCUUUUUGUGGCCCUGGUUAUAGUUGACCCAGUUUAGCUCUUUCUCUGUGUUCCUGUGGACGUUUUGAGCCUUUUCCUUUGUCUUCUGGGUCCUCAGAGAGCCUCUGCAUGGCACAACCUAAAGAGAGAGCGCCAGCUCUCCAGGACGUAUACGCUUAAAGAAAAGAAGAGAAACUGAAAGAGCUUUACUGAACAGAGGGGGUGGCUCAUGACAACAGCUAUCAGUGGCCUAAAAUGCAGGGAUUUCAACCCCCAGUCAUACCUUGGCUCCUGUAAUAAUGCCUUGGCUCAUGACCAUUAAUGACCCACAUGAUUACAGUAAAAGGCUCUCAGGACCACCGCUGAGGUGACAACCUUGCUAAUGGUUAAAAAUUUCAGUUUUACAUCUUUAACAUCAUCUUUACCAACCAAAGAAUUCCACUUUCCAAGCCUGCGGGACAUUUCACUAAAUAUUGUAUUUUUGAGCCUGUAUAUAAACAUGUGCGUUACAGAAAAUCCAAACUAAACUCAAACUCACGAAAGGUGUGUGCUGGACAAUUAUUUCACCUCAAAAAAGAAAAGUUCACAGAGACCAUUACAUGACAUUCGUCACCAUGAUGAGUAGUUGGAAACGUUUGACCACGAUGUGUAUUUGACCACAGUGGGAACAUAAUCAGACUGAAUUUAAGAGCAUAUAAAGUCUCCUGUGACCAUCCUCAUCAGA